AUUCAUAAUAAUUGACUUAAGAGAGAAUAUGACACGUAACGAAAACAUUAAUUUCACGUGGUGGGAGUAAUGUGCAAGGCUGUGAGAGUGUAGGGAACAUUAUUAUACGCCUUUAAAUAUCCAUCUCUCAUUUCUUUCUUUCUUUUCUCCCAUUCUCACAAAUCUCUCUUCCACCCAUUGUUAUCUCUGUAGAAGCGUGAGAGAGAUCACGCGUGUUCACCGACACAAUCAAAAUAUGGCGAACGGAGCCGAUAGAUUGGAUCUGGACGGUAAACCGAUUAAGCCGAUGACGAUAUGCAUGAUCGGUGCCGGAGGUUUCAUUGGCUCUCAUCUCUGUGAGAAGCUUAUGACGGAGACUCCUCACAAGGUUCUUGCGCUUGAUGUUUACAAUGAUAAGAUCAAGCACUUGCUUGAGCCUGAUACCGUUCAAUGGGCUGGUCGGAUCCAGUUUCAUCGUAUCAACAUUAAGCAUGAUUCUAGACUUGAAGGACUGAUCAAGAUGGCAGAUCUGACGAUAAAUCUAGCUGCGAUCUGUACUCCAGCAGAUUACAAUACGCGUCCUCUUGACACUAUCUACAGCAAUUUCAUUGAUGCUCUCCCAGUGGUUAAAUACUGCUCAGAGAACAACAAGCGUCUGAUUCACUUUUCCACUUGUGAAGUGUAUGGAAAAACUAUAGGAAGCUUUCUUCCAAAGGAUCAUCCUCUGCGUCAGGAUCCUGAAUUUUAUGUACUCAAAGAAGAUAUAUCCCCUUGCAUCUUUGGUUCAAUUGAGAAGCAGAGGUGGUCAUAUGCUUGUGCAAAGCAACUUAUUGAGAGACUUGUUUACGCUGAGGGUGCUGAGAAUGGACUCGAGUUCACCAUUGUAAGACCAUUCAACUGGAUUGGACCUAGGAUGGAUUUCAUCCCUGGCAUUGAUGGUCCUAGCGAGGGUGUCCCACGGGUUCUAGCGUGCUUUAGUAACAAUCUUCUGCGACGGGAGCCUCUCAAGCUUGUGGAUGGUGGAGAAUCACAGAGAACCUUCAUCUACAUCAAAGAUGCUAUCGAAGCUGUCCUUUUGAUGAUCGAAAAUCCAGAGAGAGCCAAUGGGCAUAUCUUCAAUGUAGGCAACCCAAACAAUGAAGUGACAGUGAGACAACUUGCUGAAAUGAUGACUGAGGUCUACGCCAAAGUGAGUGGAGAGACAGCUAUCGAGAGUCCAACGAUCGACGUGAGCUCCAAAGAGUUUUAUGGAGAAGGUUAUGAUGACAGCGACAAGAGAAUCCCAGACAUGACCAUCAUCAACCGUCAACUUGGAUGGAACCCGAAGACGUCGCUUUGGGACUUGCUUGAAUCGACCUUAACAUACCAGCACACGACUUAUGCGGAAGCCAUUAAGAAGGCCACUUCAAAACCAGUCGCAUCUUAGAGGUCGUCUCUCUUUACAAACACCUCAAAUCAUGUGGUGGCUACGAUUCCAUUCUUUCUUUUUAAAAAAAAAAUUCUCCCAACAGAAACCUUCUCUUCCCUUAUUUUAGGCCAUUCUAAACAAAUGAUAUAUCAUGGUGGUUGAUUCUAGUUUACGUUUUCCUUGUUAUAUAGUAUUACUGUUAAUGUUUUUGAAUUCCUUUGUUUUGAAGCUUUAUAUCUUGUAUUUGUCCGAAACUAAAAAGGGAAUGGUUUGUGCAAACUAUAACAUUGGGGCUUUCUUUAUAUGUUACAUAUCUUUGGCGGAUUCCACACUUCACUUCUAUAUCUGCCUGGUUGUAAUAAACGAGUUAGUUUGGCUUUUGCUCGUGUUGCUGUGUUAUGUGAAUAUAUACCUUAAUUAGAAAUGCCUAAGGUCUGUCUUUUUUUUUUGCCGUCUAAA